UUCGACGCGUGCAAAAGACUGGCAGGAACGCAGUGCCAAAUUGAUCGACAAAGAUGGACGCGGCCGGCAACACAGAAGCUUCCGCCGAGGAAUGGAAGAUCAAGGGCAAUGAACUAUACAAGAAGGGGGACUACAGAGGGGCUAUUGACAUGUACACGAUGGCGAUUGAGCUUUCCCCGACCUCUGCACCGUUCUAUGCGAACCGCGCCGCUGGAUACUUGAUGCUCCACAAAUACCAAGAAGCAAUUGGUGAUGCAUCCCGAGCGAUUGCAAUGGAGCCGAGUUUUAUCCGAGGGUACGAGCGAAAAGCAAAGGCUCAAGUCGCGUUGGGGGAAUUGGAAGCUGCCGUCAAGACGUACCAGGCUGGGUUAAUGAAGGAUCCGAAUAAUGCGACGCUCAUUAACGAGCGCCGUUCGGCUGAGAUGGCCAUGGAUAAGAUCAAGCGGGGUCGUGAGCACAUCAAAGCAAGCAAGUUUCGCGAAGCCGUGUACUGUUUUGACAGCGUGCUUACUACCUGCACGAACUCGAAUGAAGUGAAGAAGCUGCGCGCCGAGGCGCUCAUUGGAUGCGAACGGUACGACGAAGCGUUUGCUGUGUUGACACAGCUGAUGCGGUCGGAAUCGUCGUCGCCCGACAUCCUCUACCUUCGUGCCCAGUGCCUGUACUUCCAAGGGGAGUUUACGAGCGCGAUUCGCCACUUGCAGGAAGCGUUGCGUGCGGACCCCGACAACGCUCGGUUCGUCAAGGAAAUCAAGCGCAUUCGCGCACUCGACACACAAAAGGAAGCUGCGAACGACGCGUUUAAGGGAGGUCGGUACCAGGAAGCCGUUGAAGCGUACACAGCAUGUUUAUCCAUCGACCCUGCCAACAAAUCGUACAAUGCCAAGCUGCAUUGCAACCGCGCGGCGGCGCUGGCGAAGCUUGACAAGAAUGACGAAGCGAUUCGGGAUUGCGACAAGGCAAUCUACUACGACAGCUCGUACGUGAAGGCUUACCUGCGAAAGGCACAGUGUCUGAAGGACUUGGGCGGGAAGGACAACUUAGAGCAAGCACUGCGCGAGUACGAGACCGCGUCCAAGCUCGUCGGCGAAGACCAGCAGCGCCAGUAUGCUCAGUACAUUCGGGAAACCAAGCUCUUGAUCAAGAAGGCGAAGCGAAAGGACUAUUACAAGAUCCUUGAUAUUGGGCAGCACGCAAGCGAUGCCGAUAUCAAAAAGGCGUACCGCAAGUCGGCGCUCAAAUUUCAUCCUGAUCGACACGCCAACAAGACGGACGAGGAGAAGAAGCAGGCCGAAAUCGACUUCAAGGACGUUGGUGAAGCAUAUGCGGUGCUAUCGGACCCACAGAAGAAGCAACGAUACGACUCGGGCGUGGACUUAGAAGAUCUGGACAACGACAUGGGCGGCAUGGGUGGCAUGGGCGGUAUGGGAGGCAUGGACCCGAACGACAUCAUGCGCAUGUUCGGCAUGGGCGGCGGCGGUGGCUUCGGUGGCUUUAGCGGUUUUGGCGGAGCUGGCGGCUUUGGUGGGCGUGGUGGCGGCGGCGGCUUUGGGGGUCGAAGUGGACACAGCCAUGGAGGGUCGAGCUACCGGUUUUAGAGCUAGAUGCUAGUGAUUUCUGUACCAUGUGUGACGAUGCCACUGCGAUUAAUGAAAAACGUUCCAACUUUGGUUUCGCGCCUCCAA